AUGGCUGCUCCUGUACCAUCCCCGACGCCAACUUGGCACAAUGAUACCUACGCAGCUAUCUCCCCGAAGCGGCCUGAACUUAGUGCUGCGGGGAAGACUGUCGUGAUUACCGGCGCUGGGGGUGGCGUCGGCCGCGAAACUGCGCUCGCAUUUGCUGAAGCUGGAGCUUCUUGCAUCGUACUUCUGGGCCGCACUGAGGAGACCAUCAAGACGGCGGCUUCUGCGCUUCCUAGUUCCGUCUCGGCUCAGACCUUUGCGGUGGAUAUUACUCAAGAAGAUGCGCUCCAGCGAGUCGCGACUGAAGUCGGAACGUGGGAUAUCCUCAUCCAUACCGCUGGUUAUAUCUCUACUCCGGGCCCCAUCGCUUCCUCGGAUACCAACGAGUGGUGGCAAAGCUUCGAGACAAAUGCCAAAGGCACAUUCCUCAGCAUCAAGACCUUCUUGCCCACGGCGAAUAAGACACAUGCUACCAUCCUAGCCCUCAAUACCGGCACCAUUGCGCUCCCCAGCGUGGUCCUGCCCGGCCUGUCCGCCUACAUGGCGUCGAAGCUCGCCGAGACUAAGAUCAUCGAGUUCUUAGCCGCGGAGCAACCGAAUAUCUUCGCAGCGACGGUGCACCCUGGUCUGAUCGAGUCGGAUAUCUUCCGGAAGAGCGGCGCGAAGGCUGAGGCUGUGCCUUUGGAUAAACCCCAACUCCCAGCCCAUUUUCUGGUAUGGUUAUCCAGCCCCGAAGCCAGCUUCCUGAAGGGCCGCGCUGUGUGGGCUAAUUGGGAUGUGGACGAGUUAAAGGGACAGGCUAAAGCUAUAGAGUCGGGGAUACAAUUUACGAGUGGUAUUAAUGGCUGGCCGUUCUCUGCUGCGUAA